AAUAAAUCCAAUCGGGAACAUGCUUCAGUGGCAUGUGAUACCGCGGGAAUCACUCCUUAUUCUUAAUUUCCCCGGAUAUAGCAAACAAUACAGUUUAACGAUUACUGAUCACAACUAACCCUCAAAGUACUAUACAAGACCACCAUUCCAUCUUCUCUACCAUCCCCGCUUCAUGUCACACACGUACACAGUCACCAACGAGUAACAAGCAACAACCCUCUCCCACUGUACCACCACCACCACCAUGUCCACCACAUCUCCGCUCUUCACCCUCCCCAUCCCUUCCACCUCCGGCUCCAUCACCUGCACCAACCCGUCCCCCGAUCAACCAACAAUCUACCUCCUCACCUUCAUCUCGCCCCCAGAUAACCGCCUCACCCCGACCUUCAUCGACACCUUCCUCGUAGCCCUCGACAUCAUCGAACACCGCUACCAGAAGGGUGUGGUAAUCACCACCAGCGGGAUCCCCAAGUUCUACAGCAAUGGACUAGAUCUCGAACUUGCGCAAUCCACAGAGGGAUUUCUGGACAAAUGGCUGUGGAAGUUAUUCCGUCGACUGUUAACCUACCCCAUGCCCACCAUCUCCCUCCUCAACGGCCACGCCUUUGCCGGCGGCUUCAUGCUCGCCAUGUACCACGACUACCGGAUCCAGAACCCGAGUAAGGGCUUUCUGUGCAUCAACGAGCUCGAAUUCGGAGUUCCGUUGCAAGCGCCCAUGAUGCAUGUCUUCCGGGAGAAGUUGACGCCGAACGUCUGUCGGGAUGUUGUGCUCGAGGCGAAGAGGUUCCCUGGGCCGGAGGCGCUGCGGGUGGGGAUUGUGGAUGGCCUUGGGGGUGUGGAGGGGACGGUGAAGUUCGUGAAGGAGAGGAAGUUGGUGUUGAUGCCCAAGACGGAGAUUUAUGGAGUGAUGAAGGAGGAGAUGUAUCGGAGGUUGUUGGGGGUGGUGGAUGAUCAUUCGGGGAAUUUGGAGUGGAGAGAGAGGGUGGAGGAGAGGAAGGGCGAGAUGGAGGAGGUUGGGAGGAAGAGUGUUGAGGUUUGGGAGGGGAGGAAGGGGGCGAAGUUGUGAUGUAUUAUUGCAUGUGGUGUACUAGAUAUAUAGAUGAUUCAUACUAAGGCUCUAUAUAGAACAUGAGGUGAUGGGAAUGGUGGUAGUAACUUUUCAUAGAGACUGGAGUUACUACUAGUCAGGGUCAAUUGAAUCUACAAGGCUGAUCACAGCCUUCUCCAUACG